GCGUACGUGUCCAUGUUCCCGGUCUCCUUCGCCGCCGCCGUUCCAAAACCCCAAUCGCAAGUGACGUACGGCUCACGCCUAGGGUACCGGGCACUGCCGGAGUGCGACGGCACACGGCGGCAGCACUAGCCGCGCAGGCCGACAUCGACAGGCCAGGAGUAACAGGCUGUGUACGCCGUUAGUGCGAUCUAUCGAUCGGGAACCGGCUGACGCGACCGGGAGUCGAUCGACUUCCUUUCCCCGCUGCUUCAUCUCUUAAGGUCCUGGGCUCGUCAUGCCGUACGCCGGCGUAUCUGUCAUCUCUGAUGGUAAGCUGCAAUCUGCAUCGGUCGUCGUCUGCGGCGCGGCCAGCGGCUACCGUCUGUUCAUUGUGGAUGGCUACUCACGCAGCAAGGAGAACACGCCCAACGGGAAGAGCAUCAAGUCUAGGCCUUUUAGGGUGGGAGGCUACUGGUGGGUCAUCCUGUACUCGCUCAACGGCGAGCGCUCCCAAGACGAGGGCCACACUUCCAUUACCCUUGCUCUCGACCAGGAUGUUUCGCGCCAUGUCAAGGUGCAGUUCGAGUUCAGUUUCAUCGACCAGAUCGACAAGCAGAAGUCAGCACGCAUUCGCUCAUCCGAAGUAGCCUCUCUUUCGACUGGCACCUCAUGUGGCCACCAUAGGUGGAUGAAGAGCGGGGACUUUGAGGCGUCCAGACAUCUCAGGGAUGACAAUUUCAUCAUCCGGUGCGACUUGUUUGUUGCCACGGCCGUCGGUAGCUUUGCUCCCACCCCGACCAUUGAGGUGCCCAAGCCGGAUGUACUCUGGCAAUUCGGAGAUCUUCUUCAAACCAAGUUGGGCGUGGACGUGACGUUCGAGGUCGGUGGCGAGACGUUCGCCGCGCAUCGGUGUGUGCUUGCAACUCGGUCCUCGGUCUUCAGGGCGCAGCUCUUUGGCUCCAUGAUGGAGGUUACUACUAGUGUCAUACACAUAGAAGAUAUGGCACCAAGUGUGUUCAGGGCCUUGCUAACUUUCAUCUACAAUGACUCGCUGCCCAAGAGGGAGGUUGACAAUAUGGAGGAGGAUGAAGAUGAAGGAGACACGGACGAGGACGAGUCGGAAGAAGAAUAUGAUGAAGAGGACGAACAAGUGACGUGGCUGCAGCACUUGCUCGUAGCGGCGGAUAGGUACGAUCUCCCAAAACUCAAGUUGAUGUGCGAAGACGAGUUGUGUGAGCACCUAGACGUGAGCUCGGUGGCGACUAUUCUUGAUCUAGCCGAGCAGUACCACUGUUGUCGCCUGAAGGAGGCGUGCGUGCAGUUCGUGCGAUUCCUGUCUCCCGCAAAGUUACAUAUCUUAUUGCGUACCAAAGGCUGGAAGCAUAUAGCUAAAACCUAUCCAGAUGUUGUGAACGAGCUCAUAGUAAAGCUUGCUUCCAAAUUCUACUGAUCUACACGUCUUGCUAGCUACUUGGCUACACAAAUGUUAGACCUUGUGCUAGGGAAACAUCUGGUGUUCAUCACAUUGAAUGUAUGGUCUUUAGACUCAACUUUAAGCACAUGGAUCCAUUGAUCUGCAUUCGUUCAAAGUGCUAGUUCCCUUUGCAAGUACUCAUGUUUUUAUUCUCAACAGAAUGAUCGUAUUUAGGGUUUUGAACCAUGUGCUGAUGUGACCGUGAAAAACAGUUUUAUACUAG